AUGACCAUUGCAGUAAAAGUGUUGCAUGUAAAUCAAGCUAGAGCUUCUAAAAGCUUUGAUAUCGAGUGUGAGGUACUACGCAACAUUCGUCAUCGGAAUUUGGUUAAAAUCAUUAAUAGUUGCUCUAAUGUUGAAUUUAAAGCUUUGGUACUUGAGUUCAUGCCUAAUGGAAGCUUGGAGAAGUGGCUAUAUUCUCAAAACCAUUUUCUGAAUGUUUUGCAAAGGUUGAAUAUAGUGAUAGACAUUGCAUUGGCAGUGGAAUAUCUCCACCAUGGUCAUUCCCUUUCCGUGGUUCAUUGCGAUAUAAAGCCAAACAAUAUCCUGCUAGAUACAGAUAUGGUAGUGCAUUUGGGUGAUUUUGGCAUUGCAAAACUCUUAGGCGAAGAAGAUUCAAUGAUACAAACAAAGACACUAGCAACUAUUGGAUACAUAAUAUGGAUCAGAAGGGAUUGUUUCUACAAAAGUGAUGUGUAUAGUUUCGGGAUUCUUGUCAUGGAAACUUUCACAAGAAAGAAGCAGACGGAUGAUAUGUUUGGGGAAGAAAUGAGCUUGAAACGUUGGGUGAAAGAAUCAUUACCAUCUUCCUUAGUUGAUGUGGUAGACAGUAAGCUUCUAAAUACAGGAGAAAGAGAAGGGUUAGCAGCAAAGGAUUGUAAAUUAUUCAUUUUGCAAUUAGCUCUGGAAUGUUCAGCAGAGGUAGCAGAGGAAAGGAUUGAUAUGGAAGAAGUUGUUGCAAGGUUGAAGAAAAUCAAAACCAAGUACUUGCAUGGAACUGAACAAGCGGAGCAGGUGCAAGUAGAUGGCGGCGAUGUGACCGUGGCGGUGGCAGGUGGUUAG